AGAACAUGUUUGAGCCUGCAGUCCAAAACCCAUUGUAUAUAUAAACCUCCUCCUUUUGCUUUGUUAUUCACUCCACCAUUUCCUCUCAUACUUUUCUUCCUUCUUUAAUUUGUCUCUCUACACAAGAAUUUCUUAGCCAACUUCCUAUCAUCCUUCAAUGGUUAUAGAAGCAGAGGUGGGGCCUAGGGUUGUUCUAACAACACCCUUAUCGUUGGAGGAGGAAUCAGAUGCUGAUUACAGAGCACCUAAUCUGCUCCAUCGAAUUUUAAGCCUUUUCACAAGUGUACGGCCAGGAUCUGAUCUCACUCGUAUACAGCUACCUCCACUAUUCAACCUCCCAAAAUCACAGCUGCAAUGCUAUGGGGAAUCAGUGUAUUGUAUCAACAAUGACAUGUUAAGCAAGUGUGGGAAAGGGGAGAAUUCACUUGAAAGGUUGACAGCAGUGGUGGGUUGGAGCAUAUCCACUUUGAGGCCUUUAAUAUUUGGUGUGGCUCCUUAUAAUCCUAUUCUUGGUGAGACUCAUCAUGUCUCUAGAGCCUCUCUCAAUGUCCUUUUGGAACAGGUCUCCCACCAUCCACCAGUGACUGCUCUUCAUGCAACUGAUGAGAAAGAGAAUAUUGAAAUGAUAUGGUGCCAUAAUCCUGUCCCAAAGUUCUAUGGUACAAAAAUAGAAACUGAGGUACAUGGAAAAAAGGAGUUGAAGCUUCUAAAUAGGCAAGAAAACUAUGUAAUGAACUCACCAAAAUUGGUGAUUAGACUUCUUCCAUUUCCUGGUGUUGAUUGGGUUGGAAAUGUAACAAUUAAGUGUGAAGAAACUGAUCUUCAAGCUGAUUUAUAUUACAAAGGAGCUUCUUUCUUAAGCAAUAGAGGAAAUAGAUCAAUUAAAGGCAGGAUUUUUGUGACUUCAACUUCAAAGACAAUUUGUGAGAUCAAUGGCCAUUGGGAUAGAACUGUGACAACUAAGGAUAUAACUACAGGAAAAGUAAAUGAGAUUUACAAUGCAAAGGAAGCACUAUCUGGGAUGAAGACUCCUAUUGUGAAAGAUCCAAAGGUUGUUAUGACAAGUGAAUCAACAGUUGUAUGGGCAGAAGUAAGUCAAUCAAUCCUAAGUAGAAAUUGGGAUAAAGCAAAGGAAGCAAAGACAAUAGUAGAAGAAAAGGAAAGAGAAUUUGCAAAAGAAAGAAAAUUCAAAUCUGAAAUUUGGAUUCCAAAACAUUUUAGAAUAUCAUAUAGCAAGGAGUUUGGGUGGGAGCCCACACCAAAUGAUAGGUGGGUCCCACCAGCUCCUAUUAUUGUUCCUACUUGAUCAAAUUUUAAUAAUAAUUUUAGGUCAUUUUCCUUCAUUAAAUUCAUAUGUUCUAAUAUUUGUAUUGAUGUAAGAUGCAGUUGUGUACCUAGAGAUAUUGUUAAUUAAUGGCUACUUGUCUCACUCUUAA